AAGGAAACUGUAACUAGAGGUGUACAAGGGAAGGGGAUGAGGCGAGUGCUGUUGCUGCUCUUUUGAUGAUACAAAGUAUGAUAACAGAAGCUAUAGUGUGUGUGUGUAAGUGUGUGAGAGAUAGAGACAGUGAUAAGGGUAGUGAGGCACCAGUGUGAGGCAAGGUGUGGUGCACCUCCUUUCCCCGACCAAGGGUUACACAGCUCUCCUCUACCCUAAAACGUUUUGGUAACUCGCCCACACACAAGUGACAAUAUAGAGAAGUGUGGCAAGUGGGUCUCACGUCUUCCACAACAAGUACCUCAACCUACACCUUCUCUCCCCUGCAACGUUGUGUACACCAUACUCACCUUACCGGGUCAGGAGUCGCCAUGGCUGGGUCAGGCGGAGAGCUGGACGAGACGCUGUACUCCCGUCAGCUGUACGUCUUGGGCCAGGAAGCAGCCUAUAAGAUGGCCGCCUCUGACAUUCUCAUCUCUGGCCUCGGCGGACUCGGUGUUGAGAUUGCCAAGAACGUUAUCCUCAGCGGAGUCAAGUCAGUAACCUUACAUGACACGAAGAAGACGACUCUGCACGAUCUUUCCAGCCAGUUCUUUCUGGGUCGUGAGGACUUAGGGAAGAACAGAGCGGAGUCGUGUUGUGGUCGUCUUGCUGAGCUCAAUCCCUACGUCACCGUCACUAACACCACGCGACCACUCACCCGCGACCUUCUCCAGGGGAUAAACAUCCUUGUUCUUACAGACUCAAGCUUGGAGGAACAACUGCAGGUGUCGUCCUUGUGUCGUGAGCUCAACGUCGCCCUCGUCGACGCCUCUACCCGGGGGUUGUUCGGUCAAGUCUUCUGCGACUUUGGUGACAAUUUCCUGGUGGUGGAUCCGGACGGCAAGGAACCACUUACUCUCAACGUGGAGGGCAUAACUAGAGAGGAGGAAGGUGUGGUGACCUUCCCAGACAAGACCUUCCACUGGCUCCAGGAUGGUGACUUUGUGACGUUCUCCGGCAUCCGCGGUAUGACUGAGCUCAACCUAUCCAAGUCACACAAAAUCAAGGUUCACAGUCCCUCCUCCUUCAGUAUUGGAGACACUCGAGACUUGCCAGAGUAUGAAGGUGGAGGCACAGCUAGACAGGUCAAGCUGGGCAAGACAAUGACCUUCAAAUCUCUGAAAGAAUCUCUGGAGGACCCGACCAUCAUAUGCCCGGACUUCGCCAAGGAAGAGGAGGUUGAGCAGGUACACGUGGCGUUCUUAGCACUGCAUCAGUAUGUGACUGUCAAUGGCGUUCUUCCCAGGCCCUGGAACGAUCAAGACGCCACAGAAUUCCUGCAGAUGUUUUACGAAUUUAACGAAACUAGACGAGCUAAAGUAGAGAACAUCAACGAAGAGCUGUUGAGGAUUUUUGCAUACACGGCUAGUGGUGAGUUAACUCCCAUGAACGCGGUGAUUGGCAGCAUCGCGGCCCAAGAAGUGAUGAAGGCUUGCUCUGGCAAAUUCACCCCAUUGUUCCAGUGGCUAUAUUUUGAUGCCAGGGAGUGCCUGCCGGAGGAUUUCUCGGAGCUCCUCCUUGGUGGUGCUGAUCCAAGAGGCGACCGCUACGAUGCCCAAGUUGCUAUUUUCGGCCGUAACUUCCAGGAUAAGCUAGGAAAGCUAAAAUACUUCAUUGUGGGUGCAGGAGCAAUCGGCUGCGAACUCCUGAAGAACUUUGCUAUGUUGGGUGUUGGUGCUGGCGAAGGCGGCAGCAUCACUGUCACCGACAUGGACAUCAUCGAAAAGAGUAAUCUCAACAGGCAGUUCCUUUUUCGUCCAUGGGAUAUUAAGAAACCCAAGUCUGACACUGCCGCAGCCGCUGUGGUCAAUAUGAAUCCUGAUGUCCACAUUACCGCCCACCAGGUGCGUGUGGGGCCAGAGACUGAACACGUGUAUAGCUCCACCUUCUACGAGAGUUUACAUGGAGUUGCUAAUGCCUUGGACAACGUGGAGGCCAGGAGGUACAUGGACAGGUGCUGUUGGCAAUACCAAAGACCUCUGCUGGAGUCUGGGACACUGGGCACGAACGGCAGCGUGCAGGUGGUGGUACCGCACCUUACAGAACGCUACACUUUAUUCCAGGCACCUUCAGAUAAGUCCAUUCCGGUGUGCACACUGAGGAACUUUCCAAACGCUAUAGAACACACAUUACAGUGGGCACGUGACAUGUUUGAAGGAGAGUUCUGGCACGCUCCUCAGACUGCCAAACAAUAUAUAACAGGAGCCAUGAAAAUGGAGGAUAUCCUGAAGAUGCCUAACCAUCAAGGCGUGGAAAGUAUCAACACACUGAAGAAUGCGCUGGCCGACCACCUUCCAAAAUCCUACGUAGACUGUGUGUCUUGGGCACGACAGUCCUGGCAGAAUCAAUUUCAUGAUCAGAUUCUGGAUCUUCUUCAAGACUUUCCUCCAGACCUAAAGACCAGUAAUGGUGGGCCUUUCUGGUCAGGAUCCAAGCGUUGCCCACACUACCUCGUGUUUGAUGCAGAAAAUAAGCUGCACCUUGAUUAUAUACACGCUACAGCCAACCUCAAAGCAGAGGUGUAUGGCAUCCAGCAGGAGAGAGAUCGGACAAAGACGAAGGAGAUUGUGUCGUGUGUAACCGUCGCUCCGUUUGUACCCAAGCACAAAGUAGAGCCCACGGUGGAGGUGAUGAGCUACCACAUGGAGAGUGUGUGUCUCUCUGAACUUAGUGACUCCAUUCCAUCACCUGAGAGCGUGGCAGGGCUCUCCAUAAUGCCUCUUUCCUUUGAGAAGGAUGACGACGCGAACUUCCAUAUCGACUUCAUCGUAGCGGCGUCCAAUCUCCGUGCCGGGAACUACGACAUCCAACCAGCCGACCGCCAGAAGAGCAAAAGAAUCGCUGGUCGUAUCAUCCCAGCCAUCGUGACCUCUACUGCCCUCGUCUCCGGCUUAGUGACCCUCGAGUUGCUCAAGGUCACCCAGGACCACCGGGACAUAAUACGCUACAAGAACAGCGAGUUUAACCUCGGUCUCUGUAGGUUCUGUUUGAGUGAACCUGAAGCAGCACCAACAAACAUAUACAACGGAGUGACAUGGACACUGUGGGACAGGUUCGAGGUGGAGGGGGACAUAACCUUGGAGGAGUUCUUCACUUACUUCAAGGAUCAUCACCAGCUGGAGGUGACGAUGGUGUCUUGUGGUAAUCACACCAUCCACUCCUUUAUGAUACCCAGGAAGGAGAGAGCAAGGAGAAGGACCAUGAAGAUCUCCGACAUACUCGUAGACGUGAUGAAGGAAGCAAAGACCAAACAGAGUGAGGGUCAAAUCGUUCCUGACGAAGCCCAGGGAGGCGAGGAACCCUGGAUAAGUCCUGUGUUGAUGCUGGAUAUCUGCGCCAUUGACAGAGAGGGAGAAGACGUGGAUGUCCCCCACGUAAGGUACGUCGUCAGGAAGUAGGUGACCUGACGCGCCCUUGAGUACCUGAUUAAAGGUGUGUUGGUGGUACUAUGAUAAUGUGUGUGCCUCUUACACACAGUGUAACACUAUCAAACACGGCUUCUCUAGGUAGGCCUACCCCGGUUUUCUCCAGCCAGAACUAACACUGGGAAGUGGGCCGUAGCAAAGUAACAGACCGACCACCCGAAUGGCAAAUAAGCUGAUAAGUGGAAGAAAUCAUAAAUCAAAAGUUGAUCUAGGUACACCCUAAAGACUAAUAAAAAAUCUCAUUUCA